AUGGCCUACGCCCCAGCCAUGUCCCCAAUCCCGGGCCCUUCCUCCUCCCCGCAAACCACACCAACCCUCUCCCCAUCCCAACGCAAACUCAAACAACUCACCCUCCUCUUCGCCGGCGCAGGCUUCAUGGCCGCCUCUGUAGCCGUGACCCGCCGCGCCGUCAUCCGCCGCCAGGUCGAAAGCUUCCCGCGCUUCUACUCAUCCAACCGUGCCAGCAUCCACAUCGACUCCGGGGAGCGGUCCCUCAUGGCAGUCCAGGCGCUGGGCCUAGCGACGCUGAAUGUCAUGAGUUUCGGGAUCCUUUUGACAGGCGGGCUGUCGUAUUCAUUUGAUCUGUGUAAUCUGGGGGAGUUGAGGGCCAGGACGCAAGCUGCGCUGAGGAGGCCGGGCAAUUUCUCGGACGAGGAUGAGAAGGAGAUGGAGAAGAUGAUGGGCUCGAUAUUGGAUAAGUUGGGGAUGAGGACGGAUGAGAAGCCGGAUGAAAGUGAGAAGAAGUAG